AUGCCAGAGACAACAAAGACGGACGACAAGAGUGGUGAAACUCAAGGCAACAAUAACAACGGCAACUCGUCGUCGUCGACACUUGGUGUGCCCACCACCUGCAAUAGUUCUCGACCUUCCUCGGUGUCCUUGUCACCAGCCGUGUCUGCAUUCCAAUUCAAGCCAAACCAUCUUCGACACAAUCGGUCCAUGGAGCGACUGGAUAGUGCAGCGGUGACCUCUCGACCCAUUGGUGGAGGCUCAUCAGGUCCUGGGCAUGGCAGCAAUCAUCAUCUUUCGACUUCGUUGGAUAUGAAACGCUCGCACUCCAAUCGUACAAUGCAUAACAAUACGCGUGCCAAAAGUCCUGUGUCGCCUCGACCUUCAGUGACCACAGGAUCAUGUAUUAUCAAAGAUGGAUACGUUUAUAAGGAUGAAAUUGUAAUUCUCGAUGAAAAGAAAAAGGAGGAACUACUCAAGGUGGGAGAGAUUCGGUUGCAAAGCGAAUGGACGUUUUGGUAUGAUAGAUACGUGCCUAAUCUCUCCGCAUCUGAAUAUGAAGCCAACCUUCAAGUGAUUUCAACCACUGGAUCAGUGCAGAAAUUUUGGUCUGUAUACAACAACAUUGACGGCCCUGAUCGACUCGGUUUUCGAAGCAACUUGCAUUUUAUGCGGAAAGGGAUCAAGCCCAUCUGGGAAGAUCCACAAAACGAGAAUGGCGGCUCCUAUAAUUUCAAGAUACCCAAGCAUCAUUCACCACUUGCCUGGCGGGAUCUUUUGGUGCUCCUUAUUGGUGAAAAGGUGGAAGGAUGGUUAGGUGAUGUGGUCUGUGGCGUAUCCGUAUCUUCACGUCAACAAUGUGAUAACUAUCAGAUUUGGACGGCACAUAAUCAUCAGAAUGAUCCCGAGGCAGAUGCAAGAGUCAAGGCCAAAUUAAUUGAAGUGUUGCGUCCUGCAGAGAUUCAAUCGUUCUAUUACAAAGUACACAAGAACCAUGCAGCAUUUCAAAAACAACAAUCCCCUCCCAACCACGCCAACAACAAGGAUAGUAAUACGACUACUACGUCGUCGACGACGUCAUCCUCUCUCAAGCUCAAAGCCCCAUUUGAGAUGCGGCAAAAGAUCACUGAGCAAAGCAUUGAAAAGGUUGUGGCCGAUAUUGAACGACUCGGUCUCAAAAAGAAGCAGCAACAACAACAACAAAACAAUACCAAUAACAUCCCCAACAACAACCACCAUCGUCAUUCAUAA